ACAAUUAAUUAAUCCAAUUUUUAGAAUAGAAUUAUAGAAAAACAAAAAGUGAUGAAAUAAUCUGUUAUACAAUACUAAUUGAAUUUCUAACAUCUUAAUAACAGAUUAACAUUUUAAUUGAUUAUCUGUGGACUUGGAAUGAUACUUUCUCCAAUUGGUCAACCUUCCUCCUUGUUGGUAAAGUGUUAACCGGACAUCAAUGUAUUGACAUAAGUGUUCUCACUCCUCUUUCGCCCUAAAAUCAUUAACAUUAUCAUUCUUGAUUGUCCAUCCUCAUCUCUCUCUCUCUCUCUCUCUCUCACUCUCUCGCUUUUCUUAGGAUCUAACAGCUCUACAAACUUGUUAACAAACAAAUAGCUCCCUCUCUCCCUCUCUCUCUCUCUAUUUCUAUCUCUUUCUCUCUUCUUUCCUGUGUCAUCCUUUGACCAUAUGUUCUGACCAUCUGAACUCGUUUCCCAGUCAUAAUGGUGACAAUUCUAUUGAUGGUUCAUGUGCAACUAACUUUAAACAUUACCUUUAGGGUCAGUCUUAUGUUUAUCUGUAAGUUAAGGGUCAUUCUCAAGGUAAUUAGACUUUGUUUAUCUUCAAGAUUAACCAAGUAUUCUGUGUGUUGUUAAUGCCAGGUGCAUCUCUAUCAACACAGUUACAGUAAUAUCAAAACUCAGCAUCUUCUUCAUCUUCAUCUUCUCUCUCUCUUCCAUCGUUGAAAGCUCUGGAGGACAAGUUAGAGAGAGAGAGAGAGGAAGACGAAAAAUCAACAUCUAACAAGAAAAAGAGAAGAAGAAGAAGAGAAACAGAGAAACAAGUGUAUGUUCAGGCCAAACAUCGAAUGUACGAAUUAUCAUUGUUAAGAAGGUGAAAAAGUGAACAGGUAAUACAUGUAAUUUGGAGCAAAUUCAUCAUGGAGAUAAAUUGGUUCUCAUGUUAUCAGAUCAUCUUGAUUAUCUUGUCUUCUUGUCACUUUUACUUUUGUGCUACAAUCAAACCAACAAAUUUUGACGAUGAACGUUUUAAACUCAACAACUCGAACAGUUCACAGCGAAAUGCAACUAGAGCUCGAUUGAAAUUGGAAUUGAAAAAUUGUGGUUUAAAUCAAAUGAAAGAUUUAUCUUCUAAAUUGAGGAUAAUCGGAGGUCGUGAAGUGGUCAAAGGUAAUUGGCCUUGGCAAGUAGCUUUACUUAACCAUUUUCGGGAACCAUUUUGUGGAGGGACUUUGAUUACUCCUUCAUUUGUGUUGACUGCAGCUCAUUGUGUUCGUCGACGAUUAUAUAUUCGUGCCGGUGAACAUGAUCUCAUGACCAAUGAAGGAACGGAACAAGAAGUGAAAGUGGAUCAUGUCUUCAUUCAUCCUUCUUUCGAUAGAGAAACGGUUGAUUCGGACGUGGCUUUAUUACGAUUAAAGGUUCCAUUUAAAUUGGGAAAAUUCGUGGCCACGGCUUGUCUUCCUUCGAGGAAAGAUGAGAUUCCAAUCGAUUCAUUUGGAACCAUUUUGGGCUGGGGCAAGAAGAAAAACUCAGCUCUGUUUGGUACCGAUGUACUUCAUCAAGCUCGUGUUCCAAUCGUCAAUAUAAGUGAAUGUAGAAAUGUUUACGAAGACUAUUUCAUCUCGAACAAUAUGUUUUGUGCUGGUUAUCGAAGUGGUCGAGUCGAUUCUUGUGCCGGUGAUUCGGGUGGACCUUUACUCUUCCAGAAAAGAUCUCGAUGGUACAUUUAUGGUAUCACAUCUUUCGGUGAAGGUUGUGGUCGCAGGGAAAAGUAUGGGAUCUAUGCCAAAGUGCCGAAUUUUGUUAAAUGGAUUCGAAGAGUUAUUCAUAAACACAGUUAUCGAUGAUUUAUCCUCAUCAUCAUCAUCUCAUCUUCAUCUUUAUCUCUCUUUCCAUCUCCAUCUCCAUCUUCAACUUCAUCUUCAUCUCCAUCUUUUCAUCUCUGUCUCUUUCAAUUCCAAUCUCCGUUUUCGGAUUCAAUGGCUAAAAUUUACUUCCUGUCUUUCAUUUCAAUCAAAUUGUUACAAUUAUUACAAAAACUGAUUCCCUGACCUUGGAAAGUUUGAGCUUAACUCAAUCUCGACAAUUAAGCUAAUCACAGCUCGUUAUCCAGACUACAAUUUGUUAACUGUUGUGACAUUGAUCCAACAAAACAAAAAAAAAUGCAAAUCUCAACUUUUUGUAUAUUAUUGUAAAUUGAUUAUUAUAGUAUAAUUUGUUAUCUAAUCAUUUCUUAAUUUUCAGCUUUUAAGUGAAAAAAAUGAUUAACAUCGUCCAGUCUUUUAAUAUAUAAACGUGAUUAAAAUUGAUCAUUUGAAUAUGUAAA